CAAUGGGCUUGGCAGCCACUCACGGUUUUCGGGGCGGUCUCCGCGGCAUCUCGGCCUAAUAAGCUUUUGAGCUUCGAGAACACUGAGCGUGUGUACAUAACCCGGUGAAACGAGAAGUUACUUCGUCGCUUGACCACGACCCCCAAUUCUGAGCGCUGCCAGCUGUCGCUCUGCUAGUGCUGCGCUGUUCUUCCCGUCCUCCUCCUCCUCCCCCCCUGCUCACACUCGGCAUUACAAAACGAUGCCGCUCUGGAACCAGCGGACGUCCGAUAAUGGAUGGGGCAGGUACUUACGCUGGGGAAGUUUGCUCGUUGCUCUGUUAGCCUGGUGUACUGCGCUUGCAGCGCAGAUCGUAUCAACCACAAUCUUGGGUCGAGCCUCGGUUGGCCCCCUGUGGUUCGCUAUCCUCCUCCAACUUAUCGUCGUCUUGGGCGUGCUCAGGCUGAUCCCCCUCUCUUCCCCAACUGUUGCCCACUCGGCGACGGCGUGCAUUGUAUUCGGUGUUCUCGCCGUCGACUCCCACCUUUUCUCCUCGCGGGUGAUUCAGAAAGCGUUGGGCAUAGCCUGGCUCGUUCUGACUCUGAUUGACAUUUGGUGGGUCGUGCGUUUGACUCACGUCGCCGAUGGCGCCGGAGUAGAGGGUCGGAAUGCUGAUGCCGCACCACCCGGAAUCGGAUAUUAUGUCCACAAGCACGGGAAGGACGAGGAGACCAACUCAGAUUCCCGAGCGAGCGGGAGCGGUUCUCAGCAUGCCUCGCCAGUGGGGCAUCCAGAGCUCGCGCAGUUCUCUGAUUUAGUGGGGCGCAGCAUUUAUCCUCCUCCGCGACCGGUGAUCGAGCCAAUUGAGGAGGAGGAGGAUUCGCUCGACGUUGAGAUCGAGACGUGUCCCCGUCUGCACUCGGUUGGAGUAGCUCCCACCAGCCGUCCAUCAAGCAUGAAUUUCGGCCCUCCACAAGCUCCAUCCGCCGCACAUAACACCACGCGCACUGGGCAGUAUUAUCAAAACCAGCGUCACCUCUCGACCAUUUACGACACGAGCCACAUCGAAGCGGAGCCAGAGAUCGAUACGGUCCAAGACACUAAUGCGACGACUUCAAUAUCUGACGCGCAUUCGGAGUAUCAUUCGCAGCCCAGUACCUCCAAUCUUCAUUCGACGCCCCUGAAACGCGUCUCUGCCACGAGUGAAUCCGACUUCGAGCCAGUUCAGAUCGCUGCCACCGAGUAUCCAUUCAGGGUCAGGGCGAAGGGAAAUUGGAUCCCGAGAAGUGCUUCCGAACUCAGCUUCCGUAAAGGCGAGAUCAUGCACAGUGCAGAACGGGAUCGGAAAGGAUGGUGGAAGGUUCAGAGGGCUGACGGGAUGGUUGGAUCGGCACCUUCUAAUUAUUUGACGAUGAUGGAGGAGUGAAGCUGCAAUAAGCAUCUGGACAAUAUUCGCUUCUUGGCUCGAUCCAUGAUGGAAUGAUUGGCUGCGGAGACAGCCGGGAGUAGCGUCGUCGCUUGCACGUGAUGGAAUUUUCUCCGCGUCCAGAAUCGUUUAUCUUCAAAUUAUUCGAUUAGAUAAAUGCUCCAGAAAAUCGUGAUAGGACAUCAUUCCCAACAGACGGAUGCUCGGACACAAAUGCCAUGAUAAACGAGAUCGCAACUUGUUCGGUGUCUCAAUGAACGUGAUAUUGCCCUUCGCGGGCCCCAUUCACUCUGCAAAGAUCGUGGCACUUCCAAGUGUUCAAUAGAUCUACCGAUUGUCGAUCCUGACAUGCGCCUUCAUUGGGUCCCAUAGAGCCCGGUCCGGACGGUCGAUGAUAUCUGGGCCCGCGUGACUUCGAAGAGUGGUCUAACUGAUGCAGACCGAAUACCACCUGAUAUCCGUGGUUGAUGCGUGAGACAGUUCGAGUCAAUUCGGGCAAUCAGUUGAAAAACCUCAAUAGGUCAUGGGACGGACGGUCGAAGGUGUGUCAGGGAUGUAUCCAGGCAGUGAAUGUACUUGCGGGUGCAGAAGGCCCCGUCUCAAAGGGGGCAUCGUUCAUGAUUACAGCAGUAUCAACGAGCGGGGUUGAUCAGGGUUGGCACUCUCGGCGAACCAGACUGUCCGUUCUGGCUGCGAUGGCUUUGCAUUGCGAUUCGAGUGGUGCAAAUACUGGGAAGAUUGAUGGGGCACAGACCCAGCCGAUUCGGAAGUGGCGAAAGAUUGGAUCUGGGUUUUGAUUACUUUUUUUUACAGUACCAUAGUUUCCGACACUGCGGAUCGGGGGCUACAGCAAUUUUUGAACUAUGGUGCUUCG